AUGCAUUGUAGCUAUUGUCAAGCAACUACCCACAACGUCCGGUUUCACAAAGACAAACAGGCUUCUCGUGGUGAAUCUAGUCAAGGUCCUCAAGCUCAAGGUCCUCAAGCUUCUCAAUCAACUCAAGCUCCUCAAAUUCCAGCUUCUCAACUUAGUCAAGCUUCUCAACUUACUCAAGCUUGA